AUGUCGUGCGAGGCGUGUAGCGCCAUUCCUGCGUGUCCGCCGUGCCAGAAGCACCAGGUUUGCCGUCAACUUUACCCCAAUCAGUGCCAUGCCUGCCCCCAGAAUGUGUGCAUCGACACGCAUUCUGCGACGCACGUGGCACCCAUCCUCGGUGGGACGCUGAGCGUCGUGCUCGGCUUGGCCGGGCUCAUCGCGUUCGGGUGGUGGAUGCGGCGAGGGCAAACGAAGCAGCAGGCACUUGAGCGUGCCCAGGACAUGGCUGAUCGAUGCAUCGAGGCGCACCGGACCCGGUGUGAUGAGGGCAUGAUCGAUGCCUUUCCCCUAUCGAUGCUGACGGAGCCUGUCACUCACGCACCGAUCCGUCCUCGCGAUUUAUGGCGCAUUUCUGAACAAACUGAACCAUCUUCCUAUUCUUCCAAACGCGAAACUAGAACAUCUAAUCGACUUACAGAGUAA